GUCAUCUGCGGCUCUGUCUCAGCAAGUGCUGGAGACGGAAGUGAAGCCACUGCGGUAGUGGUGGUGGGGGUGGCAGCGGCGGCGGCAGCUACCGGCUAGUCGCGGCCAAGGGGGGUGUACGCUCGUGUGUGUGUGUGUGUGAUGCCGGCGUGGACAUGGAGGAUCCCGGGCAAGAUGUGGUGGCCUCACCAGCCACACCUGGGGCUGGCAAAUCUAAGUUGGAAACAUUACCCAAGGAAGAUCUCAUUAAGUUUGCCAAGAAGCAGAUGAUGUUGAUGCAAAAAGUUAAAUCAAGAUGCACAGAAUUAGAGAAGGAGAUUGAAGAAUUUAGAUCAAAACCUGUUGCUGGGGGAGCUAAUGAUGUAAUUCAGGCUCUCACAGAACGCCUGGAUGCUAUUCUUCUGGAAAAAGCAGAGGUUGAACAACACUGUUUAGCUUUGAAGAAAGAAAAUGUUAAAAUGAAGCAAGAAGCAGAACAUUCUGUAACUAAGAUGGAAGACCUGCAGAAGGACUUUGAACACUCAAGUAAAAGUUACUUGAAGGAAAUUGAAAGUUGGAAAACUGAAUUUACUCAAGCACAAUCAAAGUACAAUGAAGAUAGAGCUGCUUUACAAAAAGAAUUGGAGGAAGCAGUGAAAAAACAAGAAGAGCUUUCAGAACAGCUUAAAUUUAAUAGUGAGUCCCAAGAUGAUGUCCAAAAACUACAAGAAGAGAUUCAAAGAAUUAAGCCAGCUUAUGAAGAACAAAUUUUACAUUUGAAAAAACAGUUGGAAACUAUUGCUGAGGAAAAGAACCAAGAAAUUAAUGAUCUCCAAAACAUUAUCAAGGCUAAUUCUGAGCAUUGCCAAAGUGAAAUCAAUAGCUUACAGGAGGAGCUUUUGCAAUUGAAGACUACACACAAAGAAGAAAUGGCAACACUGAUGCAUCAACUUGAAUCUUCUGAUAAAGAGCAUGAAGAAGAAAGAAACAAAUUGAUACAACUAAUGGAAAAUAUGGCAGAUGAAAAAAACAUUCAGGAGAAGUCCAACCAUGAAUUUGAAAACCUUAAAGAAACAUUGAAUCCAAUUAAAGAAAGUCAGGUAUGUGAUAAGGAGAUCCAAGAAGAUACAGCUGUAAAACAAGUAGUUAAUGAAAAAGUCAAACACUUAGAGGAUUCCUUGAAAGAACUGGAGUCACAGCAUAGUAUGUUAAAAGAUGAAGUUACCUAUAUGAAUAAUCUUAAGUUAAAACUAGAGAUGGAUGCUCAGCAUAUAAAGGAUGAGUUUUUUCAUGAACGAGAAGAUUUAGAAUUUAAAGUUAAUGAACUGCUACUUGUUAAAGAAGAUCACUGUUGUAUAAUUGAAAAAUUAAAAUCUGAGCUAGAAGUUUCAAGAAAUCAGUUUAGUAAUACUGUGAAACAACAUAACAUGGAAAUACAGAAUCUUAAGGAGGAAUGCCAAAAAGAAAUAUCAGAACUAAAACAAAAGUUAUUAUCAGACUCAGAAAAAGAAAAUUUAACCAUAAUGUUUGAAAUGCAGGAUCUUAGGGAACAAUAUGAAAACAUACAGCAAGAAAAAGAAGAAGCAAUUUCAAAUUAUGAGAGUUUGCGAGAAACCAUGGAAAUUUUACAGAGAGAAUUGGGUGAGUCAGCUGGAAAAAUCAGUCAAGAAUUUGAAUCCAUGAAACAGCAGCAAGCUUCCGAUGUUCAAGAAUUGCAGCAAAAACUCAGAGCAGCUUUUAAUGAAAAAGAUAGUCUCAUUGAAACUGUGAAUCGUCUAAAAGAAGAAAAGGAAGUAUUGUUAUCUAAGCAAAAUGAGACCCAGGAAUAUGAAAAUGUAAUCAAGAACCUUGAAGAGAAAAAUGAAGAAACAUUGAUUAGUCUUAAUCAAAAAGAUAUCAUGAUAGAAGAGCUACAAGCAAAAAUAUGUUUUUUUAGUGAUGAAAAAGAUCAUUUCUUAAGUAAAAUACAAAAUGCUCAAGAGGAGUUGGACAGUUUCUAUGAAAAAUGUAAAAGGAAAGAGGAAGAGACUGUAGAACUUCAGGAAAAAGUAGAUCAAAUUACUCAAUACAAUGGUGAACUUGAACAAAAAUUGAAAGCAUUAACAGAAGCAUGGGAAGAGACCUUGAAAGAAAAAAAUCAUAACGACCAAAAUGUGGAAAAACUUGAGGUUCAAAUUAAAGUUCUCUCUGAAGAACAAGAAAUGUUGUCAUCUCAAAUAAAGACUCUUCAGGAAGAAAAUGAAAGACUCAGUAAGGAAAAGGACCAAAUGAGAAAAGAUUUGGACACUUUCAUAUCUGAAAAAAGAGGAGACUUCAGCUUUAAAGAGCAAGCUGUAGAAUUGGAAAAUAAACUGCAGUUGGUAAAUGAAGAAAAAGAUAAUUUAAAUAAAUUAUUUGUAAAGGAACAAUCACAAAACUCAAUUGUUAGGAUUCAGCUAUGUGAUUUUCUGAAAGAGAUGGAAUCCGGAGUUUCAGAAAUAAAUGAGGAAGAAGAUACCAUGAUUAUCCUACAAGCUGUAAGUGAGUCUUUAGGAAAAAUGAAAGAGGAAAAACAGAACUUGGUUUUUCAAAAUAAUGAAAAAGUGCUACAAUUGCAGAAAGAAAAUGAGCUUAUUAAAGAAGAGAAUUUGGCUCAUUGUGAAGAACUUAGAACUUUACUUGAAGAUUAUAAAAAAGAAAAAGUUCUUCUAAAAGAAGAAUUGGAAGGAUGUCUGUCAGAAAAAGCAACGUUACAACUUGACCUCCAUGAAAUGAAUAAUGUAAAUGAAAAGACUAGGCUUGAAAACCUUAAUCUUUUAGCUCAAAUAAGAGAACUUUCUGAGAACCUUUCAUGUAGCAGAAUUGAAGGUCAGGAUAAAGGAGAAUCUUCUGUAGAAGAACAAGAAAAUAUAAGACUGUUGCUAGAGCAAAGAGAGGCUGAACUACAUGAUGUGAAAGCAGAAUUGACAUCUUUAAAGGAUUCUUUAGAGAACUCAUCCUCUGUAAAAAGUGAUCAGCAUUCAGUAAUGGAACUAGAAGAUAAAAUUGUAAAUUUAGAAAAAGAAUCCAAAGAAAAAGAAGAGAAGUUAAGUAAGAUAAAAGUUGUUGCCUUGAAAGCAAGGAAAGAACUUGACUCCAGCAAAAAAGAGGCACAAUCUCUAAGGGAAGAACUUGAAUUGGUUCGAUCUGAAAGGGAUCACUUGUCUACUUCCAUGAAAGACCUCAUUAAAGGAGCAGAAGGCUAUAAGAAUCUUUUCUUAGAAUAUGAUAAACAGGCAGAGCAAUUGGACAUGGAAAAGGAGCGUGCAAAUAAUUUUGAGCACCAAAUAGAAGAUCUUACAAGACAGUUAAAGAAUUCAGCUUCUCAGUGUGACAAGCUGACCUCUGAUAAUGAAGAUCUCCUAGCACGUAUUGAAACUCUACAAUCUAAUGCCAAAUUGUUAGAAACCCAGAUUUUGGAAGUUCAGCGAGCCAAGGUCAUAGUGGACAAAGAAUUGGAAACUGAAAAACUUCAGAAAGAACAAAAGAUGAAGGAGCAUACUAAUACUUUAAAGGAACUUGAAGAGCUUCAGUUACAACUUCAGAAGGAGAAGAAACAUCUUCAGAAAACUAUGCAAGAGUUAGAGAUGGUUAGGAAGGAUGCCCAGCAAACUACAUUGAUGGACAUGGAAAUAGCUGAUUAUGAACGUUUAGUGAAAGAACUGAAUCAAAAAAUUACUGAUAAAAACAGCAGAAUUGAAGAUUUAGAACAAGAAAUUAAAAUUUAUAAACAAAAACAAGAAACCCUACAGGAAGAAAUGAGUUCCCUUCAGUCUUCAAUGCAACAAGCUGAAGAUAAAAACACUAAAAUUAAACAACUACUAGUGAAAACAAAAAAAGAGCUAGCAGAUUCAAAACAAACAGAAACCAACCAACUAAUACUUCAGUCAUCUUUAAAAGGUGAACUAGAAGCAAGCCAGCAGCAAGUUGAAGACUAUAAAAUUCAAUUAGCUGAAAUAACUUCAGAGAAACACAAAAUCCAGGAACAACUGAGGUCUUCUAUAGAACAACAUCAGCGCACUCUGAGUUCUUGCCACCAGAAAAUCACAAUUCUGCAAGAAGAAUGCAAGAUAGCUAAGACAGAGCAAGCUGCCAUUGCCUCUGAAUUCGAAAGCUACAAAGUCCGAGUUCAUAAUGUUUUAAAACAACAAAAAAAUAAAUCUUUGUCCCAGAAUGAAACAGAAGGAGCCAAACAGGAAAGACAACAUCUAGAAAUGAUUAUAGACCAACUAAAAAUGAAAUUGCAAGACACCCAGAAUAAUUUACAGACCAGUGCAUCUGAACUUCAAAUAUUACAGUCCGAACAUGAUACUCUGCUGGAAAGGCACAAUAAGAUGCUGCAGGAGACAGUCGCGAAAGAGGCAGAACUCCGUGAAAAGCUCUGUUCAGUACAGUCAGAGAACAUGAUAAUGAAGUCAGAGCAUGCACAGACUGUGAGUCAGCUAACAUCCCAGAAUGAAACACUUCGCAAUAACUUCCGGGAUCAAAUGAGGCAUUUGCAGGAAGAGCACAGGAAGACCAUGGAGACACUGCAGCAACAACUUUCCAAAGUGGAAGCUCAGUAUUUCCAACUUAAGAGUGACCCUACUACCAGAAGUUCAGCUUCUUCACAUCAACCAUUGAAGAAUCUUCGUGAAAGGAGAAACACAGAUUUACCCCUCCUUGAAAUGCACACUGUAGCCAGGGAAGAGGGAGAGGGAAUGGAAACAACUGACACUGAGUCUGUAUCUUCUACAAGUAUCCAUACACCAUCUCUGGAACAGCUUCUUAAUUCUCCUGAGACAAAAUUGGAACCUCCUCUGUGGCAUGAAGAACUCAGCAAAGAAGAAUUGGUUCAGAAGCUCAAUUCCACCACAAAGAGUGCUGACCACUUGAAUGGUCUCCUUAGAGAGACCGAAGCAACCAACGCAAUUCUUAUGGAGCAAAUUAAGCUUCUCAAAAGUGAAGUAAGGAGAUUGGAAAGGAAUCAGGAACGGGAGAAGUCAGUAGCUAACCUAGAGUACUUGAAGAAUGUCCUGCUACAGUUUAUAUUUCUAAAAGCAGGGAGUGAAAGAGAGAGGCUUCUUCCUGUCAUAGACACAAUGUUACAGCUUAGUCCUGAAGAGAAAGGAAAGCUUAUUGCAAUUGCACAAGGUGAAGAAGAAAGUACCUCUCGAUCUUCUGGAUGGGCAUCUUAUCUACAUAGUUGGUCAGGCCUUCGAUAGCAUGAUGAUAAGAAAAUGUUUUUUGAGCUUGUAACCAAAUAGAGUAUUUGUGACAAAAAUACCCAGACACAUGAAAUCCUUUUUGUUUUUUCUGUGAAUUUGUAUGUGUGUGCACAAACAGGAUAUAUGUAGGUACAUCAACAGCAUCUUGAAGAGCAGACCAAAUACAGAGACUGGAAGCUGCCCUUAAGACCAAGACCAUCUUUUUGCUGCCAGUGGGAAUGGAAAAGGAAGGGGUACUAUCUUCUCAUUCUUUAGUGCCUCUAGAUCAUAUUUUUGUUAAGGAAUACUGUUGGUCCUAAGCCCAAGUUUUGGUAAUAGAACUGGAAUUUAGGGUGUUUAAUAUUAAUUAUAUUUUGCUAUGGUAUGAUUUGCAAGAAGAGUUGUUGCUAUAAAUUAAUUGGCUGUAAAAUUGCUAGGAGUUAAAUUUAAAGACAUGAAGAGAAAUGUACAAUUAGAAUUUACAACUGGAAAAAUGAUUAUCAACUUAAAGGCCUGGAUAAAAGUAACUGCAAAUGAAUUAUGAAGCUAGGUUACUGAAUUCCAUACAAAUGUUUUAAAAUGUAUUCAGAAUAUAGACAUGAUUUUCUUUGUCUUUUUGUAUGGCUACAACAAUAAAAAUUCUAUUAGAUGAUAGAACACUGAAUCAGAACAAAAGCUUUUUCGCAUGUUAACUUUUUUCUUUCUGUUAAGCCGUUUGUAAACCUUCAUUUUGUUGAAAGUUUAGCUAAAUUAUUACAAACUUGUUCUCUGUUUCUCUUUUCUAUCAACUUACCCCAUUCCUGGUCAGUGAGAAUGUGGAUGCUCAGAGCCAUAGAAUUCGGCUUUAUAUUUCAGUGAAACAACACUAGGGAAUUUCCUAUAUUCAUGAAGAAUGUGUAACCCCAAAGGCUUUCCUGUAAGAAGGAAUGAAAAAAAGCAUUGGUUCCUUAGGAGCCACUUAUUUUGGAGGCUGUCUAAUCCACAAUCUCUGUGAGUAAUGGAAAUGAUACAGAGAAGGGUUGCUUUCUUCCUUGUUUUUGGAAGUGUGUACAAUUGGCUAAUAAAAUCAAUGUUGUAUUAUUAAAUCUUAAAAUUUGAAAACAAGCUGGUUUAGUUUACUAUUUAGUGAUGUCAUCAUACAACCAGUUUGAUGAAGUUGUUUAAGGCUAUUGAUUUGUACUUUUAACUUUAAAAAUCUCAGCUGGAGAACUGACUUUGCACUUUGUUUACUAUAAUAUUAACUUUCAAACAAGUUUAAAGUGAAAAAAUGCUGCUGACUUGUUGAGUUUGUUCUUUUAAGAAAUUUCUUUUCCUAAAUGAAUUUUGUCAUAUCUUUUAGAAGAACAGACCAAAACUAGUGAAUGUGUCUUAUUAUAUCCAUUUGUCUUAGAACUGAAGUUAAAUUAAACAUUUUUUCUUACUUUGAAAACUGUGAAUAUAAGUAUGCCUAUAUCAUAUGAUAUAAAACUUUGAUAGUAUUUAAAGAAAUUUUAAUUUCUCACUGACCCUAUGAUUUGUGAAUUGUAUACAUACUUGUAUUGAAAUAUUGAGUCUAUUUCAAUGUAAUAAAAAUACUUUUGCAUGAUCUAAAAUAGUUACUUUAAUUACAGGGGGGAAUAUUCUUUGAGUCUUUAAUGAAAUAAACACUUGUAUGCAGUCAUAUUACA